UGCUCUCUCACCUGAUGAGUCACUUUUCCCAGAACACCAGAGCGAUCGGAGAUGGGGCUGAAGCGGUGGUCCAGGCUGGAGUUGAUCCUUAUAGGCCUGUUUCUAUUGAUGACUGUGGCGGCCAUCACUAUGAUCAUAGUUUUUGUCACAGAAGAACCUGGGGUCAUUAAAGAUGCAGAAUUCCCCUCUGGUGCAUUUGUUCCCAAGUGUCCCAGCAUAUCCCUGGAUCAGAGAAUAGACUGUUUUCCUGAUGCUGGAGCCUCAAAGAUGAAAUGUGAGCAGCGUGGCUGUUGUUGGAGUCCUCUGGAUGAGAGAAAUGUCCCCUGGUGUUUCUUCUCAACCAACCAGGGAUACACAGUGGAACAUCUGGAACAUCCAAACCCUUUUGUAAUAAAUGUCCAGCUGAAGAGAAUGGCCGCUCCCUCUUUAUUUGGUGCAGACAUAGAGCAGCUGACCUUUCAUGCUGAAAUGCAAACAAAAAAUCGACUUCGACUUAAGAUCUUUGAUGCCAAAAACGGGAGGUUUGAGGUGCCUCAUGUGCACAUCCGUACUGUCAGCAGUAACCCAUCCAGCCCCAUCACCAACACUCUGGACAUCGCGCACAACCCCUUUGGCCUCACUGUGCGCAGAAAGGAGAACAGAAGGGCCCUGUUUGACACCACAAUAGGCCCACUGGUGUUUGCAGACCAGUACCUCCAGCUGUCUGCUAAGCUUCCAUCCCAUAAUAUAUUUGGUCUGGGAGAGCAUGUGCAUACACGAUAUCGCCAUGACACAAACUGGAGAACCUGGCCCAUUUUCACAAGAGAUACCCAACCAAAUGGGAGAGCAAAUAACCUGUACGGACAUCAUCCCUUCUUCCUCUGUCUGGAGGAUGAGAGCGGAAAGUCCUUUGGGGUUUUUCUCCUGAACAGCAACGCCAUGGAGGUGACUCUGCAGCCUGCUCCAGCUGUGACCUACAGGACCAUCGGAGGGAUCUUUGACUUCUACAUCUUCUUUGGAGAUACGCCAGAACAAGUGGUUCAAGAGUACCUUGAGCUAAUCGGCCGGCCGGUCAUUCCUCCCUACUGGUCAAUGGGAUUCCAGCUUUCUCGGUGGAACUACGGGAACCUGAGUGAAGUCAAGAGAGUAGUGGAGAGGAACCGCGCUGUGGGUCUCCCAUAUGAUAUUCAGUACACUGACAUCGACUACAUGGAGCACAUGAAAGAUUUCACCUACGACCCAGUCCGGUUCAAGGAGCUGCCUGAGUUUGCUGAAUACCUCCAUGAGAAGGGACAGAAGUACAUCCUUAUCCUGGAUCCUGCAAUAGCCACCAGUAGGAGGGUGGGGGGUGCUCCAUAUGAGUCUUAUGACCGUGGGAUGGAAAAGAACGUCUGGGUCACAAAAUCAGAUGGAAGAACUCCUAUAGUUGGACGGGUUUGGCCAGGCGAGACUGUGUUUCCAGAUUUCACAAGUGAGACCUGCAUUGAUUGGUGGGUCGAUGAAUACGAACGUUUCUACAGGGAGAUCAAACAUGAUGCCCUCUGGAUUGACAUGAACGAGGUGUCUAAUUUUUUAAAAGGAUCAACCACCGGCUGUGAGGACAACAAACUCAACUACCCACCUUACACACCAAAGAUUCUGAAUGAGCUCCUCUACAGUAUGACUCUUUGUAUGGAUGCCAAACAGGAUUGGGGGAACAACUAUGAUGUCCACAGCUUGUACGGCUAUUCUAUGGUUCUGGCUACAGAAAAAGCUCUGCAGCGUGUAUUCGGAUCCAACCGUACCAUGAUGCUGACACGUUCCUCCUUCCCAGGUGUGGGAAAGUAUUCAGGGCACUGGUUGGGAGACAAUACUGCCACUUGGAACGACAUCAAGUGGGCCAUUCAUGGAAUGUUGGAGUUUGGGCUUUUCGGAAUUCCUUAUAUAGGAGCGGACAUCUGCGGAUUCUUUGGAGACUCAAGUGAGGAGUUGUGUCGUCGCUGGAUGCAGGUUGGAGCUUUCUACCCCUUCAGUCGAAACCACAACGCUAUGAACUUCAAGCCACAGGAUCCAGCUGCAUUUGGGGCUGACUCAGUACUGGUGAAAACCUCCAAACAUUACCUCAGGAUCCGCUACACACUCCUGCCCUACCUCUACACACUCUUCUACAAGGCCCACACCACAGGGGAGACCGUGGUACGGCCUGUGCUGCAUGAGUUCUACUCUGAUAGAGCCACCUGGGACGUGGACCUCCAGUUUCUCUGGGGGAAACACCUGCUCAUCACACCAGUGCUGGAUCCGGGUGUGGACACAAUCAGGGUUUACAUACCAGAUGCUGUGUGGUAUGACUAUGAGACGAUGGAACGAUUGACAGAUCGCAGAAAGCAUGUUGAUAUGUAUCUACCAGCUGACAAGCUUGGAUUACACAUCAGAGGUGGUGCUGUCCUCCCCACACAGAGACCUGAAGUCACUACUACACACAGUCGUAGCAACCCCAUGGGGUUGGUCAUCGCUCUUGACGACAACAACCAGGCAGCUGGAGAGCUUUUCUGGGAUGAUGGAGAUUCUCGAGAUACAGUUAAUAAUGGAAACUACAUCCACUAUAAGUUCUCUGUGAUCUAUGGAGUAUUGACCAUGCAGGUGACCAAAGUUGGAUACAAAGACCCAAACAACCUCAAAUUUGAGAACAUCACUGUUCUCGGGGUGCCUCAUCCUCCCACAUCUGUCUCUGUGACUCAUGUUAACACAGGGAGUCACUUAGGUGCAACCACAGUGCUGCCAAACACCAACAUAUACCAUGAUGGAGCCAAAGAGGUCCUUUUCCUCCACGGUCUGUCUUUGACUCUAGGGGAGACCUAUCUGGUUCGGUGGGACAUGGAGGAUGAAGAACUUCAGCGUUUUAACUGCCAUCCUGAAGAGAAUGCAGAUGAAGCUAAAUGCAAGAGCAGAGGCUGCAUCUGGAAGCCAAGCAGCACUGAACGUGUCCCAUGGUGCUUCUACCCAAAAGACUAUGGCUAUGUUGUCACGGCAGCCACAGAAACUGAUUCUGGCAUCAUGGUGGACAUCACUCGGAACGUGAAACACAGGAUUAGUGCUCGUCCUGACUCGCCAGACAUUAACAACCUCCGUGUUGAGAUUCGAUAUCAUACGAGUGACUUGCUCCAGUUCAAGAUCUGGGACCCGACCUCAGAUCGCUUUGAGGUGCCUGUGCCAUUGUCCACUCCUGAUGCUCCCGAGACUGAUGAGAACAAAAGGCUUUACAAGGUUUUAAUAAGCAACAAACCGUUUGGCAUCCAGGUCAUCAGGAGGAGCACUGGAACCAAGAUCUGGGACUCCUCGGUACCAGGCUUUACCUUUUCAGACAUGUUCAUCCAAGUGUCGACUCGCCUGCCAUCCAAGUUCAUCUACGGCUUUGGAGAAACGGAACAUCCCACUUUUAAACAUGAUCUCAACUAUCACACCUGGGGUAUGUUCUCCAAGGACCAGCCCCCAGGCUACAAAAUGAACUGUUAUGGGGUUCAUCCCUUCUACAUGGGCCUUGAGGACACAGCUGACGCCCACGGGGUCCUGCUGCUCAACAGUAAUGCUAUGGAUGUGACUUUUCAGCCAACUCCAGCUUUAACCUUCCGUACAGUCGGAGGCAUCCUGGAUUUCUACAUGGUUCUGGGACCCACACCUGAGAUGGUUGUGCAGGAGUACACAGCUCUGAUUGGACGACCUGUUCUACCAGCCUACUGGUCCCUUGGGUUCCAGCUCUGUCGCUAUGGAUACGCUAAUGACUCAGAAAUUAAAAGUCUCUACAAAGACAUGAGGGCAGCUGGUAUUCCCUAUGACGUGCAGUAUGCAGACAUCGAUUACAUGGAGCGUCAGCUUGACUUUGUCCUGGACUCAGAGUUUGCAGGUCUCCCAGCUGUGGUGGACUCAAUGAGAAACGAAGGCAUGCGGUUCAUCUUUAUUCUGGAUCCAGCUAUUUCAGGCAAUGAGACCAGAUACCCUGCUUUUGAAAGAGGACAAGCAGCUGAUGUCUUCAUCAAAUGGCCCAAACAUCUUAAAGAUGACAUUGUUUGGGGAAAGGUAUGGCCCGAUCUCCCAAAUGUAGAUGUAGAUGAAAAUCUUGACUGGGACACCCAAGUAGAGAUCUACAGGGCGUACACAGCAUUCCCUGACUUUUUCCGAACCCAAACAGCCACAUGGUGGCAGAAAGAAAUCCAGGAUUUCUACAAUAACAUCAUGAAGUUUGAUGGCCUUUGGAUUGACAUGAAUGAACCUGCUAGUUUUGUUCAUGGAACAGUUGGAGGGAAGUGUCUGGGUGACCCUCUACUAGAGAACCCACCGUAUAUGCCACCCCUGGAGUCCAAACACCUUGGUUUAAACCACAAGACACUUUGCAUGAACAGUGAACAGAUUCUUAACAAUGGGAGGAAAGUGCGGCACUACGAUGUCCACAACCUGUAUGGAUGGUCCCACACCAAACCCUCCUUUGACGCUCUGCUGAGUGUGACGGGUAAACGAGGAGUUGUGGUGACCAGGUCGACUUAUCCCUCCAGCGGAAAAUGGGCCGGUCACUGGCUGGGGGACAAUUUUUCCCGCUGGGAUCAGCUGGUCAAAUCUAUUAUAGGUAUGAUGGAGUUUAGUCUGUUUGGGAUCUCUUAUACUGGAGCAGAUAUAUGUGGCUUCUUUGAGAAAGCAGAUUAUGAGAUGUGUCUUCGCUGGAUGCAGCUUGGAGCUUUCUAUCCAUACUCACGCAACCAUAACAGCAAAGGAAACCCGAGACAAGAUCCGGUUUCCUGGGAUGACAGUUUUGCUGCUGCUUCCCAGAAAGUCCUGAACAUCCGCUACACCCUCCUGCCGUACCUGUACACACUGAUGUUUGACGCUCACACCAAAGGAAGCACGGUGAUCAGACCGCUGUUACACGAGUUUGUGAAGGACAAAGCUACGUGGGACAUUUACAGACAGUUCCUGUGGGGACCUGCUCUACUCAUCACUCCUGCUCUAGAUCAGGGAGUCAGAGAGGUGGAAGGCUACCUUCCUAAUGCACGCUGGUAUGACUAUCACACGGCCAAGGAUGUUGGGGUCCGUGGUGAAAUGAUCAGCCUGCCAACACCACUGAGCCACAUUAACCUUCAUGUCAGAGGAGGAUAUAUUUUACCUCAGCAGAAGCCAGAGAACACAACGUAUUACAGUCGCAAGAAUCCUUUAGGACUCCUUGUUGCUCUGAGUGACUCUGGAACGGCUCAAGGCUCCUUUUUCUGGGAUGAUGGAGAAGGAAUAGACACGGUGGGGAGAAACGAGUAUCUUCUGACGUCCUUUUCAGCAGAAUCAAACAAGUUGACCAGUCAGGUGGUUCACAAUGGACUGACAGCUGCUGAUCACGUGAUUUUGGGUGAGGUGAAGGUUUGGGGUGCAGGCAACAUCAGGGUCACAGAGGUGACCCUAACAGACCCAGAAGGAAAGCCACAUCAACUCACUCCUCAGCAUGACCUGGAAACUCAGGAGCUGAUUAUAGAUGCCACAUCAAAGGCUUUUUCUUUGCAUCUUCCUUUUACAAUAAGAUGGAGGACCGCCUUCUGAAAGCCAAAAACUUUUUGCUCAUGUAGUUCAUAUUUUUGUAGAUAAACCCAUCUUGAGGAUGUCUCUAUCCUGCCCCAAAAUACAAAUUUAAGAAGCAAAAGUUCUUGUAAAAUAAUAAAAUGGGUUAUUAAAGA